AUGCAGCCUUCAGACCAGGAGCAGGAGGAAGCCAAGCCCAGAGGGAUCCUGGGGCUUCCUCCCGAGAUGCUGCUCCAGAUUCUCUCAUUUCUCGAGCCGUCCGAGACUACGAAUCUGCAGUUGGCAUGCAAGAAACUCCUGAGCAUCUGCAGAGAUAAUACUUUCUGGCGGUCCAUAUGCUUCGAGGAGUCCACCUUCCUCCAGAACCUCCGGCGACGCCAGCAGCUCCUUGGCCACGAGAGCAGCUUCGAAGUCAUAAACAACACAGCUGCCGGGAGCACUGUGUCCCAUGCUCACAACCUGACUAACCUGAGGAUCAAAGAGCGGAAACGGAUUUUGGCAAACUGGGAUCCUUCGUAUGAAGGUGAAAAUGUCAACUGGUACGAUGAGUACAUCCAGAGGAACGCCCCCGUGGCUGUCAACUGGCUGCAGCAGCCCUUGUUGAGAGAUGGUACCCAGAGUACCUACAUCGAGGCGCGAGGCCUGGCACUGUAUCGACCCGACAACCCCGACCAAGAACCUCAUGGGCUAGAGACCAUUCUCGCGGUGGCACCUCUGGACGAUGGUUCCGUCUGCCUCUGGGAUGUGACAGGAGCCAAAGGAAGGAAAGGGGCCUUAGUUGCAAGGAGCCGGCCCGGGAUCCUCCACAUCGAUGCAAGUUCAGGCGACGACAGCAUUACUCGAUCCAAAAGAAUAGAUUCUGGCGUAACCGAGUGUGUCAGUGUAGACAGCAAACUGCACCUUGCCUUCUUUGCUGUUCAGAGCCAUCUGAUCGAGGUAGACCUGCAGAGGCUCGCAGUUGUGGGGUGUGAGUCGUUUCCUUGGUCGAUCACAGCCCUUUCUGCAACGGAUCCUUGGGCCCCGCUCACUGUCGGUACCAAUGCGGGCAUACACCUUCACGACUUCAGAUCAAGACCUGCAUCUUGGCGAGAUGGCGUGGAGAGGCUUGAUGGCUCGAGCGGCUUCGGUGCAAAGGAGCUCUACGAAAAAGGCCUGAAGGCGUUGUUCGAUGACACACCCCUGCCGCCGUACGCCCCUUUGGCGCACCCAGCACCCUUGAGCAUCCUUCACAUGAGGCGUCCAGGUACGGCCAUUGAUAUGGCGGAUGAGAUCUUCGUCGCAGGGCGGUUUCCUAGUAUUUUGCUCUACGACAGGCGGAUGUUCCCUUCGAUCAAGGGUAGCAUACACUCUGGGGCGCGGCUGUGCAGCCUGAGCUCGAUAGCUGGUCCUUUCUCGACCCUGGACAGUGAGCUUCGUCGCGAAGGGCAGCUCUCGCUCGAGCAGCUUGAGAUGUCCAAGAGGACGCCCUCUGGCGGGAGGACGCUGCUGGCAUUUGGCGAGUACAAGACGAAAGGGUCCUUGGAGGUAUAUGGUCUGCAGCCCUCGCCGAGCCUGCCAACGUCGCUACAGGGAGGGCUCGCGCAUUCUGUCUUCAAGAACCGACAGUCAUCGUCCGACUCAAAAAUCUUGUCGGGCACUACGCAAGGGACGAGGCUAGUAUUCUCGGAUGGAUCGGGGCGGAUCAAGUGGUUCGAAAGAGAUGGGUUUACCGAAGUCCGACGCGAGCAAGUUGGCCACUGCGAGCGUACGCAGGACCCCUCAAUCUUUACAUCGAUGCCCGGAUCCGAUGACAUUGCGAGGAAGCUACUGCCGACACAAGACCAGCCCACUGCAAGGGUGAACGACAAUGACCUGCUCUUCUGGACGGGCGAGAACAUAGGACUGGUUUCGUUCACAUCCUCGCCCGCCUUUGGCCCUGAGGGUUUACAGGAAGAAGCCAGGUCGGCCGCAGAGCUAGAAAAGGAGAGCGAGGAAAGGAUUCACGGCGAGAAUAUGAGGCGAGCACUAGAGAGGCAGGCUGACGACGUCCGGUUCGUCCGGAAUCUCGGCCUGGGGGUCUAG